AUGCGCGAGACCGGGCGCAUCGCGCUCGACGCGCUCCCCGUGUACGCCUUCAACGUCUCGCAGUUCGCGAACAACAUCCUCUCGCAGGCGUUCAUAGGGCACCUCGGCUCCAAGGAACUGGCGGCUUCGGCGCUCGCCAUUUCCUACAUGAACGUGAUGUGCCAGACGGUCAACUACGGGCUCGCGACGGGGCAGGAGACGGUGGUGUCCCAGGCGAACGGCGCCCGGCGCUACCGCGAGGUCGGGGCGUGCCUCCAGCGCGGCCUCAUCGUCCUCGUCGUCACCCAGCUCAUCAUGUCCUGCGUCUCGUUCUUCGGCGAGCGAAUCCUCAUCGGGCUCGGGCAGGACGAGACCCUCGCGAAGAUGGCCGGGCAGUACAUCCGCCUCUCCAUCCCGACGAUGUGGGGCAGCGGGUACAGCACAGUCAUGUGCACGUGGCUCCAGGCGCAGGGCAUCUUCCGGCCGGUCGUGGCGCUCGGUCUACCAGGUCUCGGCGUUCAGGUCGCGGGCCUGUACUACUUUUUGCCCAGGUUCGGAUACCUCGGCGCCGCGGCGGCGACGGCGGCGUCGGCGUGGACGAGCGCGCUUCUCUUCACCGGCUACGCGGUGUGGCUGGAGCGCGUGCACAGGGACCCCGAACGACGGGCGCUGCCCGACGGCGCGUACGGUGCCCUGCGCGACGCCUGGAACGGCGUCGGGACCUACCUAAAGAUUGCGCUCCCGAGCUUCAGCAUGAUCCUCUUCGAGUGGAGCGCGCUCGAGGUGGCGGUGCUCUAUUCCGGGGUGCUCAAGGACAGCGCCAGCGGCGUGCCCACCGCGGUGAGCGCCAUGAUCAUGGGCGCGAUAACCUGCGCCUACGCGUGGUCCCUCGCGCUGUCGCAGGUGGCCAGCAGCCGCGUCGGUAACGCCCUCGGCGAGGGCCACGGAGCCGUCGCCAAGUUUCGGGCUCGAUGCGCCUGGUUUUUGCAGCUGUGCUUCGCGCUCUCGUGCCAGCUCGCGCUCUACGCGCACAGGGCGGACUGGGCGGCGAUCUUCGCGAGCAAAAAGGAGCACGACGCGUUCAGGGCGGCGAGGAACGUGUACCCGGUGCUGGCGGGCAUCUUAUUCUGCGACGCAAACGCGGCGUUACACAGCGGGUUCGUGCGGGGCCUCGGGCUCCAACACGUCGGCGGCCCCCUCAACCUGUCCGCGUUCUACGUGGUAGGGAUACCGCUGAGCACCCUGUUCACGUUCAAGUUGCGGUGGGGGCUGCGGGGGAUAUGGGGCGGGAUCGCCGGGGCGUUCGCGGCGCAGGCGCUGUCGCUGGGCGCGCUGGUGUGGGGCUUUGCCGAUUUCGAG